AUCUUGAGCUUUUAAGCCUCAAAAAUCUGCACCCGUUUGUUUGACAUCUGCCCGAUAGUGUCCAUGAUGCUGGUCCCUGAGGGAGGUGAAGGCUUUGCGUUCAAGCUCCGUGGCUUGCCAUGGUCCUGUUCUAUUGAAGAUGUGCAGAAUUUCCUCUCCGACUGCACGAUUCAUGAUGGGGCCGCAGGUGUUCAUUUUAUCUACACUAGAGAAGGCAGGCAGAGUGGUGAGGCUUUUAUUGAACUUGAAUCAGAAGAUGAUGUCAAAAUGGCCCUGAAAAAAGACAGGGAGAGCAUGGGACACUGGUACAUUGAGGUUUUCAAGUCACACAGAACCGAGAUGGAUUGGGUGUUGAAGCACAGCGGUCCCAACAGCGCCAACACCACUAAUGAUAGCUUCGUGCGACUUCUGGGACUACCAUUUGGAUGCACCAAGGAAGAAAUUGAUCAGUUCUUUUCAGGGUUGGAAAUUGUGCCAAACGGGAUCACAUUGACUGUGGACCCCGAGGACAAGAGGGGAAGCCUUAGUGCAGUUUACCUCACAAAGGAGCUAGCUGAGAAGGCUCUAGGGAAGCACAAGGAGAGAAUAGGGUACAGGUAUAUUGAAGUGUUUAAGAGCAGCCAGGAAGAAGUUAGAUCAUACUCAGAUCCCCCUCUGAAGUUCAUGUCUGUUCAGCGGCCUGGGCCCUAUGAACGGCCGGGUACAGCCAGGAGAUAUAUUGGCAUUGUCAAGAAAGCAGGCCUGGAUAGAAUGAGAUCUGGUGCCUACAGUGCAGGCUAUGGGGGCUAUGAGGAGUACAGCGGCCUCAGUGAUGGUUAUGGCUUCACCACCGAGCUGUUUAGGAGAGACCUCAGUUACUGUCUCUCAGGGAUGUAUGAUCACAGAUAUGGAGAUGGCAAGUUCACUGUCCAGAGUACCACUGGGCAUUAUGUCCACAUGAGGGGGCUGCCAUACAAAGCCACUGAGAACGACAUCUACAACUUCUCUCCACUCAACCCAAUGAGAGUCCAUAUUGAGAUUGGCCCUGAUGGAAGAGUAACCGGUGAAGCUGAUGUUGAAUUUGCCAGUCACAAAAAAGCCAUGGCAGCUAUGUCCAAAGACAGGGCCAACAUGCAGCACAGAUACAUAGAACUCUUCUUGAAUUCCACAACAGGGGCCAGCAAUGGGGCAUAUAGCAACCAGAUGAUGCAAGGCAUGGGGGUAUCUGCCCAGUCCACAUACAGUGGCCUUGAGAGCCAGUCUGUGAGUGGCUGUUACGGAGCUGGCUACAGCGGCCAGAAUAGCAUGGGUGUAUAUGAUUAG